AAACCCACCAACUGGAAAUCGUGGCCGGCGUUGGAGGCCCAAAAAUCGGCGUCCACCGACAGGUGCUUCUUUAUAAUGAUUGAUGUUAUAUUCCUAAAGACGCCUGUCGCAGCACACAUAGUGCUCAUGCUGGCCACCACGGAGGACGGCUCCUUGAAGAAGGUGGUCUACACGAAAGCCUAGACAGUUUGAUGCUCGGGAGGUGUUGGAAUGCUUGCUGGCAGUGGUCAACGAACUCCGAGGCCUGGGCAUCGAGGACCACCUGCUGGCCAUCGUUGCAGACGAAGGAACGAACAAUGCCCUCCUUGUGGAGGCGGGGUACCCCGUGCUUGUGGACCUCCACCACCUCAUCAAGAGGAUGGACACCAACAUGGUCUACGUUGAUGUCGUCCUCCAGGCGGUCCACAACAACGCCAUCAACGCGGUGUUCCGCCAAAAUAACGGAGCCGAAAAGUUCGCCACCAUCCGCGCCAUGACGGACAGCAUCCCAGCCGCCGCCAGGACAAGAAUCCUGUUUGAAAUAAAGGAGGUGGAACGGGUGGUGUGCAGCGCUCCUUAACAAGUAUCAUUGCGGCUGCCGGCCCAAAAGAGGCCAGUCAGCUGGUGUCUCUAAAAAGAAAGGCGUACAAUUUACUGUCGAUUAAAAUGGAGACCAUCACCAAGCGAGGACUCGCUCUGCGGCAGGGGACGGCGUUCGAAGAUGAUCUCGACAUAGACGGGAUCCUGGCUGACCACGCCGAGGCCGAGCAGGUGGAGCCCGCGGCGGAUGAGCCAGUGAGGGCCGAGCAGGAGGAGAUUCUGGAGGCGGAGAUCCUGCAAAUCUUGAACGAAGGUGCAACACUGCUGGAAGAGCCUCCUGCGCGGGAGGAACCUGUGCAUUCCGACCAGGAUGAGGCCGAGCUGGAGGCGGAGAUCCUGCAAAUCUUGAACGAAGGUGCAACACUGCUGCAGGAGCCCGCGCAGGAGGCCGAGGAUCAAGGGGCGUGCAGUGCCAGUGCAGCACUGCCGUUCCUGCAGGAGGAGCCGACACGGCGAAGGGCUCGGUAUAUCUGCUCCAUUUGCUUGGAGCAGUGCAAAACGUCCGUCGGACUUUUCAAUCACCAAAAGCAGUGCAACAAAUCUGAGUAUAAGUACGUGUGCGGCUGUGGCCGAUUGACCAAGACGAACCAACAGAUGUCAGGGCACAAACGCUUCUGUAUCCGAGCUCACCGCGUGCGAGGGUCUCUCUAGCAGUUAAGUAAAAAGCCGUUGGUCGCAAUUUUACAUUUCAUUUAUGGUAGAAUAGGAGAAGCCUAAGCCAAAAAAGCCGAAACCACCGUAUUACUCACCUGUUAGUACCAACAGCCAAUCAAGUCACCUAGAUCUAGCAAUUAAUCAAUUAUCGAUGGGGAAGCUGCAAAACCCGAGCCCUGCCGCCGCAACUGGCUUUGACACCUUCGAUGAAACCGUAUGUGGGCAUUCGACCAUGAAACGGACGGAGGAGUGCCACAUCCAGGUCCAGUUGCUGAACGGUGUCGGUGUUAUAUACAUAUAUAUUAUCUAUUAGUUUUAGGCGCCACAAUUUUUUAAAUAACAUUGUAUUAAAAAGUCAUCUUAAUCAACAUUAAACUCAUUAUUUGUUAACUUGAAUUGUUAUUAUUUGUUAAAUUAAAAUUGUUCCGCUUCAGCGCAAAGAUCGGACUCUUGUGCUCUUUA